UCCAAAGUAAGUACGCCCUAGGGUUUGGAGCUGCGAGCGAAUUGCUACUAUGGCGUCGAGGCGGGCGCUGGGGCAGCUCCUCCGUGCGGCAUCGAGGAAAUCUUCGUCCCAGCGAGCGAGGUGCCUGUCUUCGCUCUCCUUUUCUUCAGCGCUCCUCCCGGCAUCGAGGAGGGCAACUGGGGAUUCGUCUUUCAGUAGCGAUGGCCAUGGCCUGGGCACUAGGACCUACGCCACAGCGGCGGCCGUGAAGAAGGAUCCGGAAGCCCUGGGCUACAUUGCUCAGGUGAUUGGCGCCGUGGUGGAUGUCAAGUUUGACAAGGAGCUGCCAUCGAUUUUGAACGCUCUCGAGGUCCAGGAUCACUCCUUUCGCGUCGUGCUCGAGGUCGCCCAGCAUCUGGGCGAUAUGACCGUCAGGACGAUCGCCAUGGACACUACCGAUGGGCUCGUGAGGGGGCAGAAGGUCUUGAACACCGGAGCUCCCAUCACUAUUCCCGUUGGGAGGUGCACGCUCGGCAGGAUCAUGAACGUGAUUGGAGAGCCUAUCGAUGAAAUUGGGGAUUUUGUCACUGACCAUUAUCUCCCAAUCCAUAGAGAGGCUCCAGUCUUCACUGAGCAGUCCACAGAACAGGAAGUUUUGGUGACGGGAAUCAAGGUGGUGGAUCUUCUUGCACCAUACCAACGAGGUGGGAAAAUCGGACUUUUCGGGGGUGCUGGUGUCGGGAAGACAGUGCUGAUUAUGGAGCUUAUUAACAAUAUUGCUAAGGCUCACGGUGGUUAUUCUGUGUUUGCUGGUGUCGGGGAACGCACUCGUGAAGGAAACGAUCUCUACAAAGAAAUGAUUGAAAGUGGUGUCAUCAAGCUGGGUGACAAGCAAAACGAAAGCAAGUGCGCACUGGUGUACGGGCAGAUGAAUGAGCCCCCGGGUGCUCGUGCUCGCGUUGGCCUCACAGGAUUAACAGUGGCAGAGUAUUUCCGUGAUGCAGAAGGCCAGGACGUGCUACUGUUUAUUGAUAACAUUUUCCGUUUCACUCAGGCAAACUCGGAAGUGUCUGCUCUGCUGGGACGAAUUCCUUCUGCUGUCGGAUAUCAACCCACUCUGGCAACAGAUCUUGGGGGUUUACAAGAAAGAAUCACGACUACUAAGAAGGGAUCCAUCACCUCAGUGCAAGCCAUCUACGUGCCUGCUGAUGAUCUAACAGAUCCUGCUCCAGCGACGACUUUCGCUCAUCUUGAUGCAACUACUGUGCUUUCACGCCAGAUUUCCGAGCUUGGUAUCUAUCCGGCCGUGGAUCCUCUUGACUCAACCUCUCGUAUGCUGUCUCCUCGUGUCAUUGGAGGAGAUCAUUACCAGUGCGCUCGUGACGUCCAAAAGGUGUUGCAGAGCUACAAGAACUUACAGGAUAUCAUCGCCAUUCUGGGAAUGGACGAGCUCAGCGAAGACGACAAGCUCACCGUGGCUCGGGCUCGGAAGAUGCAACGUUUCCUGAGCCAGCCUUUCCAUGUCGCGGAGGUUUUCACAGGCUCCCCUGGAAAGUACGUGGACUUGAAGGAGAACGUCGCGAGUUUUCGGGGUGUUUUGGAUGGCAAGUACGAUGAUUUGCCAGAGCAAUCUUUCUACAUGGUUGGAGGAAUCGAUGAAGUGGUCGCAAAGGCUGCUAACUUGGCUAAGGUUUCCAAGGAGAAGUAAGCAAGUGACAAAGGAGGCGGCUGCUGGAACUCGGUGACGAUGAUGAACAAAGAAGUUUUUUUGGUGCUUCUAAGAACUUUGAGCUCGGGGAUUUUGGCCGCGAGCUCUAAAACUCCAGAACUCUUGUUGCUGGUUACCUUGUGAACGGUUUUUGGGGUAUUCCAAAUAAUGGUAACAAUAACCCGAGAGA